UGCGGUGCGUCUGCUCUUUGGAAUCGGAAAAGUUUCUCGCUGCGGACAAGUACCGAUCGUCGUUCCCCACUCCGUCAUUCGCCGUCGAUACGAGCGCUCGGGAGCUUCACCGGAAAAUUACUGGUGUUGAAGCUGUUUUGCAACAUUUACUUUUGGAAUUCUUUGAGAAGCCAAAACUUCCCUCAAAAUGGCAAACGUAGGCCCAGCGUACGGAGACAUGUUGGCAAGGAAAAAGAAGAUCGAGGGUAAGAGAGAUGCCCAACAGGAACACGACAUGAUGAUAUUCAUCCAGGAGAGGACCGGGUCAAAUGACAUUGACGUAGACAACAUUGAAUGCCUGAAGGACGGGAAGAUUCUCUGCGAAUUAAUAAAUGGUAUCAUCGACAACAAAGUGAAGUGCGACCAGGGAAAUGCCCCUUUCAAAAUGAGAGCAAACGUGGAGUCUUUCAUCGAGGGAUGCAAACGGUUCGGUCUCAAAGAGCAGGAACUCUUCCAAGUGAACGACCUGUUUGAGGGCAAGAAUCUUCCACAGUUCACACAGUGCAUCUACGCCAUCGGCCGCAAAUUGCAGAUGGAUCCCUGCUACUGCGGACCCAUCCUGGGCCCCAAGCAGGCCGCAGAGAACAAGAGGCACUUCUCCCAGGAGCAGCUGGACGCCGGCAAGCACAUCCACUCGCUGCAGAUGGGCUCCAACAAGGGGGCCACUCAGGCCGGCCAGAACUUUGGGGCGCCCAGACAAAUCAUAUUGCAGAUGGAUCCCUGCUACUGUGGCCCCAUCCUGGGCCCCAAGCAGGCCUGCGGGGAAAAGCGCGAGUGGACCCAGGAGCAGCUGGACGCCGGCAAGCACAUCCACUCGCUGCAGAUGGGCUCCAACAAGGGGGCCACCCAGGCCGGCCAGAACUUCGGGGCGCCCAGACAAAUCAUCAACUAGAUGCAAUUUUCGCUCAGUAGCAGGGACGUCAGUAGAAUAUCGCUUUCUUGAUCUAAUGCUUUGAUAAAGGCCAGUUCGUGUUUGGCAUGACAGGGAACGCAGACCAACGAGCUGCCAUGUCUCAGCGAAUAUCCUCGCUGCCAAGUCGCAACAGAUUUCAACUCUUGGCAAAUUUGGCAGGGAACACCUUAUGAUGUCAAAUAAAGCUCACUUUCAGGUUCAAUCUUGUGCCGAGCAUGAGCCGGUCUUAUACGACCCACCUUCAAAUUUUCUGCUGAAACCUGCCUUUAAUCUCCAUUCAAAUGCAAUCACGUAAAAGACAAAACGACGGCUCAAAAAUUUUAGAACAGAAAAGUAACAUCAAUUUAAGCAAUCGUUCGAUUUCACUUUUUAGAUUUGCUGUACUGAGCCUGUGAAUUUUAUUAAUUUUUUUUCUGAGGGAAAAAUGGAGAGGAGGGGAACGUGAAGUUUACUUUCAAAGAAAAAGCAGUUUUUUUCUUAUUCCUAAAUUUAGCUAUGUUGUUAUGCUUAGGAUGCAUGUAAAAAAAGGAAAUGACACUGCAGACAAUGAUGAAACAACAUCACAGUUAAUGUUGAAGACUCUUGUAAAGUUUCAUCGGGCACUGCUAAUGUUCCAGACGUACUCGGUUUUCUUCGCGACGUAAAGAUCGCCACUUUUUCGUCGCCAAAACAGGAUCAAAAGUUGGAAGUGAGAAGGAGUCGAUCAGUUGCCAGUAUCUUGUGAGCUUUGCUAGUCAAGUUUAGGUAUUUUGAUGCACUUCGUAGAGCAGUGUGGAUUGCCUCGAUUUUGGACAAAUCACUUGCCUCCUCACCGAUCAUUUGCCACUCCUGACUGGCUUGCGAAAUAAAAAAAGAGUUGGUUCCACCCUAGCAUGAUAGGACGUACUUUACAGUCAAUCACUUCCUUUAAUACCGAACGAGACAUAGGACAGCAAGGCGAGCACAUUUUUUUGGCUUUAGAUAAGUGUGAGGUAAGUUCAUCAUUACUGACGAAACGGGACCUCAUUGCGCGUAAAAGAAACAACGAAAAAUGGGGGGGAGUUGGGAAUUUGGAAUGACGCUCACUCGGACAAUAAGUACAAGCUAAGGCUUUCCAGUCUUAGCUGAAGAUGUCUCUAACGACACAAUGUCGCUUUCUUCAGCUGUGAUGAAUUAACCUUAAAGCUAGCACCAAACAUGCAUUUACAGUUUCCUUCCCAUUACAUAACCGGCAAUACAUAACAAAUAUGUGUAUAUAUAUAACAAGAAUAACAUUGAUUUGAUAGACUUCUGAGGCUACACGUGUAGAAUUUUUCGGUUAUGUCUGAAAAAUAAAAGUAGGGCAAAAAGCACCUUAGUGAGUUCAAAGCACGGUAUGGAGUACACAGCACGCAGGUUUUUUUUUAAAAAUUUUUUGGUUUUUGGUAGUAUUUAUUGCUCGCUUACACGUUGCCAUGGCACUGAUGCAAUAUUAACGACUUGCAGGAAAUUAGAAGUUGAUAUCUGCUUUUUUUUUCCCCCCUCUUCUGUCUGGGUACCGACUUGUAUUAUAGUCUUGAGGUAAAUUUAUAACAAGGAGAUAAAAGGCCAUAAUUAAUAUUUAUUAGUCGCUGUGUUCUAAGGUUGAGGUAUUAUGUACAGUCGCUAAUCCUUUCAUUGCAUGCCUUCCUCUGUAUAUGAUUAUGCUUGUAGCAGUCGGCAACUUGGCUAUUCAAGAUCCGUGUCUCAUUUUCGCUCGCAAUAAAAUAUCUCGCUCUUUUAAAAAAAAAAAAGCAUAA